CCCUCUCAAAAGUCCAAUAAUGGCUAACAAGCGGCAUUGACGAAGAAGGCUCCGCUUACUUUCCACGAAACAAACCUUUACUUUUGUUGGACUCAAGGGGAAAUUGGAUUAAAGUUAGGCCACUUUCAAGCCCUGCAGAGCGGAGAGACAGAGAGAGAGAAAGAGAAGCAUGCUACUGAAGAAGCUCGUUGCUGAUCAUGUAGAAAAGAGAGAGAGAAAGAGAAGAUUUAUAAAGAAUGGAGGGCUUGUAUUGGAGACUUUGGUUGCCUGUUGUAAUGGAAGGCCUAUUCCCAUCCGUACCUUCUCCUAUAAAGAGCUUCUCUUGGCAACCAACAACUUUGAUCCUCGCCUUAUUAUACGUAACGUAGACCAUUAUCCAACUUACAAGGGUUCUUUUGAAGGCCGAAUACUUUCCAUUAAGAGUUUUAAGGCUUAUGACGCAAUGAACCACGCACUAAUGGAUUUGGGUAUUUCUGCAAAGAUGAGCGCUCACAACAAUAUUCUGCAUCUCGCCGGAUGCUGUCUUGAGACUUCAAUUCCGAGUUUAGUGUUUGAAUAUGCCCAAAAUGGAGUCCUUUCCAAUCAAAUUUAUAUCUCUCAACGACAAGGUACGUCCAUGGUGUGGCAGAGUAGGUUAAAGAUUGCAAGACAAAUUGCUAAUGCAAUUGCAUAUCUCCACACUGGAUUCUCAAGGCCCAUAAUCCAUAGAGAUAUAAAAUCGAAAAAUAUCCUCUUAGACCAGCAUUAUGUUCCCAAACUUGUAAAUUUUGAAAAUUCUAUUUCAAUUCCCGAGGGUGAAACUUACGUGGAAGAUAGUGUGGUGGGGACUUGUGGUUUCGUAUGCCCUAACUAUUUAAGUACAUCUAGGAUAACGGAGAAAACCGAUGUCUAUGGCUUCGGUAUGGUUCUAUUAGAGAUUUUAACUGGACAACGUGCAAUUGAUCUACAUCAAGCAGAUGAAAGUCCGAAUUUAGCAUAUAUAAGAAAUCGUGCUAUAGAUGAGAUUGUAGAUCCUGCAAUCUUAGCAGAGGAUGCAAUCUUAGCAGAGGAUGGAGGAGCUGGUUUAGAGCCACAAUUGCAAGCUGUCCUACGGCUUGCUCUCACAUGCAUAGAGGUCGAUCCAGAUAUAAGGCCGAUGAUGGUGGAUGUUACAAAAGAACUUAGGCGGAUUGAGAGGUCUAUCGGAUGAUUAUUUUCUCAAUUGGCCCAUCUAAUUUCUUCUUUCCAUCAGGGGUCAAUUUAUAAGAUAUUUUGUAGUUGAUUUUAUUCUUGAUUUUGAGCCUCGUUUCCCUUGAAAUCUGAGUAUGUCUUCCAUUGAUAUCUUCAAUCAGUUCAAUCAGCCUGAGCUUUACUUGAAUCAAUAAGAGUGACGGUUAGUUUAUUCUGUUUUGUAAUUUUCGAUUGUUUCUUUUCUUUGUAAAAUAUGAAAAACAAAAUUUAAUUAUGCAGUUGAAUUUGA